AUGGGGUGCCAGCAGGAGAUGGGGGAGGAGGCGUUGGGCAGGUUGUCGUACCAGGUGUCGUGUUACAUGUGCUCGGCGGUUUUGGUGGGGAGGGAGUUGGGAGAGGAGGGACACACAUGCCGGUUGGUGAGUUACGCGAAGUGCAAGGCGGAGUUGUACAGGGCGAUAUCGCUGAGACACGCGGCGUCGGUGCACGAGGCCGCGAGGGAGUACGGCGCGGCGGUGUCGAGGCUGAGGUCCGCCGCGAGGACGUUGGAGGCGCUGAAGAAGGAUCGGGCGUACAAGCAGGUGCCAGAGUUAGAGGAAUUUUACGAAUUCGUGUAUGAGUCUGUACGGAGAGACAGGGAGGAGAGGGAGUCGGACAACGAGACGAUAUAUCACGAGACGGUGCCGGAGGAGCGCUUGCUGCCGUCGCUGGUGGGGAGGGAGAUGGUGAAGGCGUGCCGGAUGGACAGCAGCGUGUGGAGGUUGGAGGUGGAUCCAUUUAGGGAGUUGGUGCCGUUGUCGGUGAAGAGGCGGGAGUCGGUGUACACCGAGAUGAGGGACGAGAGGUAUAGGGAGGUGUUGAGGGAGUCCGAGGAGUGGGAGGAGAGGCUUCGGUGCGCGCUAGAGGAGUUUAGGUUUGCGGAGGAUUUGGACGGGCGAGGAAGGAUUGCGUCUGAGUUGGGCGAGGAAUCGAGGAGGUUGGAGUGCUUGUCUAGAGAGUGCUCGCACUUGUUGGCGGAGGUCCACGAGGCGCUGAGGACGUGCGAUGAAAGAGAGGAGGUGGGUCGAGCGCUGGUCGCCGCGUUGCGGGAAGAAGAACAAAAAUGCUCGGAAAACAUGGCGUGUGCUCAGCGAAGUGAUCUGUAUAUCAAGGAGAAGCUCUCCGCCUACCUGAUGAUGCAAGAAAGUCAAGGGGGCUCGGCGUCGAGCGCGGGGGAAAAAGAAGACCCGAACAUCCUGUCUUCGGAAAUCAGGCACGCACUCUCUAAGGUUGGGGUGCUGCUUCACGUUCGGUCGACCGCCCUUGCGGAAUUCAAGCGCGCGACUCAGGAAGACACGAUCACGCAACAACUGCUCGGGUCGAACUCCAAAAACGACCCCCAGCUCUUCGAAUCGCAACUGAAGAAAUUCGAUGUCUACGUGGAAAAAGUGCGCAACUGCAACGAGCAGCAAAUCGCUCUGUUCGACCGCCUCGUCUCUCUGAAGGACCAAUAUGUGCGCUCAAAGAAAGACGAUGACUAUUUGAAGCUCAAGGCAUCGCUGAAGGAAGGGAUUCACUUUUACACAAAAUUCCGUCAGAACCUAACAGAGCUGAGAGAGAAGUGCAACGAGCUGAUCAUCUAUCGUCGCUCCGGGUUGGGGUCUCCUCCUCCCUACACCAGAAAAAGUUAA